CUCAGAGCGACAGGGUGGCUCCGAAAACGGGGUGCUGGCCAUCGCCCCAGGGCUGGGCGCUUUCCCGGUGAGAGGCCUAAUCCUCGCCGUGGAGGUGGGUCCCGCUGAACCCGCGUCAGCUCAGCAUCGCCAUCACAACCGGUGGCAGCGGAGCCUUGGGGCCAGCGGCAGGGGCCCUCUGGGAGGCGGGGAGGCAGCAGCAACAGCGACCCGGAACUGCGGAGCGGCAGGCGGAGCGGUGACUGUGCCGCUGUGGGAGCCAUGCCGCCGCCCAAGGACGUGGUGAAGAUCGCCAUCCAGAUGGUGGGAGCUAUCCCACAGCUCAUUGAGCUCCAGCAGACCAAGCCCCUUGCUUCAGUGCUCAAGGACGUCUGCGAUGCGUGGAGCCUGCCCAAUGCCGAGCGCUACGCCCUGCAGUACGCAGAUGGGCGACAGACCUACAUCACUGAGCUGAAUCGUGGGGAGAUUAAGAACGGGAGCAUUUUACGGCUGACAACCUCCCCGGACCAAGAAGCAGAGCGGCUGUACAGCGGAAUCCAGAGCAACAACUCAGAUGUGAAGACUGACUCACUGAAGAAACUUGCAGGCCUCUCCCAAGACGUUACCUUUGCUCAGGAGUUCAUCAGCAGGAAUGGCUUGAAACAGAUCUUCCGUAUCGUGGAAGAAGGGACUGAUACAGGGGAGAUGCUAGCGUACACCCUGAAGGCCUUCAUGGAGCUGAUGGAGCAUGACUUUGUUUCCUGGGAGACUCUUAGUGCAGCCUUCAUCAAGAAGAUAGUGAGCUAUGUCAAUAUGAACGCGGUGGAUGCAUCUGUCCAGCAGCUCUCCUUGUCGAUCUUGGAGAACAUGGUGCCUACCAGUCGCCUCCUCUUUGAGCUAGUUAAAAAGGAAGUGACGCUGGAUCGCCUUCUCACCCACCUGCAGGUGACGAAUGUCCAGCUGCAGCUGAAGGCGAUGGCCCUGCUCAUUGCGUUGCUGCUGGCUGCGACCGACACCGAGCGGCGGGACAUGAUGAACUACUUGUGGGAGAAGAACAUCAGGCAGUUUAUCCACAAGAACAUUAUCCACAGCUCUGAGCCUCUGGGGGACGAGAUGGCCCAUUACCUGUACGUGCUGCAGUCUGUCAGCCUCAACCUGUGCGAGCGCCGCAUGAGGACCUCCAUGGAUCCCUACUCACAGGAACAGCGGGACCUCCUCCAGUCUCUGCGUCAAACCGCCUUUGAGUCAGAGAGUGACGCACCUGCCAACAACUUCAGCACUGAGCGCCGGCGAUCCCUGUGUGCCAAGGAGUUCCGCAAGCUGGGCUUCAUGAACAACAGCAACCCAGCAGAGGACCUCCGCCGUGCCCCACCAGGACUCCUUGCCCUCGACAACAUGGUGUAUUUCUCCAGGCACACUCCCAGCGCUUACAGCAGGUUUGUCCUUGAGAACAGCAGCCGGGAAGACAAACACGAGUGCCCCUUUGCUCGAAGCAGCAUCCAGCUCACCCUGAUCCUCUGCGAGAUCCUGCAUGUUGGAGAGCCAUGCUCGGAGACGGCUCAGGCCUUUUACCCUAUGUUCUUCGGGCAGGAUCAUUUCUUUGAAGAGCUCUUCUGCAUCUGCAUCCAGCUGGUGAACAAGACCUGGAAGGAGAUGCGCGCUACCCAGGAAGACUUUGACAAGGUGCUGCAGGUAGUACGGGAGCAGAUCACCAGGACUCUGUCCCUCAAGCCCACCUCCCUGGAGCUAUUCAAGACGAGAGUGAACACACUGAACUACAGCGAGAUCCUGAAGCUGCGGCAGACGGAGCGGCUGCACCAGGAGGAGACGCUGGCUGUACCUGUGCUGGAGCUGCGCGAGAGGCUGAAGCCAGAGCUGCUGGAGCUCAUCCGACAGCAGCGCCUGCUGCACCUCUGUGAGGGCACUCUCUUCCGCAAGAUCAGCAGCCGCCGCAGGCAGGACAAGCUCUGGUACUGCCGCCUGUCACCCAACCACAAGGUCCUGCACUAUGGGGACGUGGAGGAGGGAGUGCGCUCUCCCCCCAUCGAGAGUCUGCCAGAGAAACUUCCUGUGGCAGACAUGAAGAUGCUGCUUGUGGGAAAGGAAUGUCCACACACGAAGGAGAAGAGCUCUGGGAAGCAGAACAAGGAUGUCCUGGAGCUUGCUUUCUCCGUGGUGUAUGACGUGGAAGAAUACUGUCUCAACUUUGUUGCCCCCACCCGGUACGAGUUCUGCCUCUGGAUGGAUGGGCUGAACGUGCUCCUGGGCAAGGAGAUGACGAGCGAGCGAAUGCAGACAGACCUCGAUGUCCUGCUGUCCAUGGAGCUCAAGCUGCGGCUCCUGGACCUGGAGAACAUCAGCAUCCCUGACACACCCCCUCCCGUCCCAAAACCCCCCAGCAACCUGAACUUCUGCUAUGACUUCAGCCAUGCAGAGCAGGACAAGCCGAGACACUGGCUGGGGGCUCGGGCGGGUGCUGCCUGCACCUUCCCCAUCCCUUGGUGAGUGCCCCCCCCCUUUCCCUGCCUGUGUCCUGUCCUCCAGCAAGAGUGCGGGGCUGAGCUGCAGAGUUUAAGGCUCCUGUUGGAGAGGGAAAAACUUGUCUGGUUUGCCCCCCUGCAAAAUAUUUUCCAGACAGCCGAACCCCUCCAUGGUGGCACUGCCCCCACCACUGCAGCCUGGCUUUGGCAGAGAGGGCAAGGAUGUGGGCAGGGGUAAAGGUACAGGCAGCACUGGCACAGCACUACAAAGGUACAAAUCUGCACUGUCUGACUCUCCUUGUGAGCACAAGGAAUAAUUUCUGGCCAAGAAAGGGGAUAGAAAAAGGAUAAACCACCCUUUCAGCAUCUGUAGCUAAUGGUGUGCCUACCCAGCUAGGUCCCUCUCACAUGGAAAGGUUUUUCUGCUUCUGGAAGGGGGUGUUAAGGGUACAUUCCCCUUUCCCAGUGCUGUUUCAGCUGGGCAGGAACUCAUUGCUGCCAUGCCCGGAGUGAGGAGCAGAGCCCGGUCUGCCCUUGCUGCCCGGCGCUGUCAGUCCUGGUGCCUUCCCCUGCCCAUGGCAGGAUCUUGUACCCUUCAGCCAUGCUGCUGCACCACGACAAGCUACCUCCUCCCCACCCCCCUACCCUGCUUCUCCCAGGGCUGUUGCAGAAACAACCACUGCCCUGGGUUGCUGGGCUCCAAUUGUGCCUCUGUCUUCCAUGUCCUGGGACAAUAAACACUUAUGGAGAACUUGGGGCAGUGUCCUUGCCAAUGGGGAAGGGGGCAGGCAGACUCAGGGGCAAAAAGGGGCCAAAGCCGGUAAGGCUGGGCCUGUGCUGCAGCCGUGUGAAAGCUGCUGCACAGUGAAGCCCGAAGGCCGUCUGGCAGGAUGGUGGCUGCUGCUGAGCAGAAAAGUGGGAAAGGAACUGUCCCUCCUCUGUGGAAGGUGGCUGAGGAGCUAGUGGCGUCCUGGCCUGUAUCAGCAUGACCAGCAGGACCUGGGAAGUGACUGUGCCCUGUACUUGGGCAGGGGUGAGGCCACAGCUGGAAUCCUGGAUUCAGUUUUGGCCCCUUGCUACAUUGAGUGGCUGGAGCGUGUCCAGAGAAGGGGAACAAAGCUGGUGAAGGGGCUGGGAAACAAGGGUUAUGAGGAGUGGCUGAGGAAAUUGGGGAUAUUUAGCCUGGAGGCGGCUGCAGGGAAACCUCAUCGCUCUAGCGAGGUGGGAUGCUGAUAGGUGAUAGGACCAGGGGGAAUGGCCUCACGUUGCGCCAGGGGAGGUUCAGACUGGAUAUUAGGGAAAAAUUCUUCACUGAAAGUGUUCUCGGGCACUGGCAGAGGCUGCCCAGAGAGGCGGUGGAGUCACCGUCCUCGGAGGUGUUGAAAAGACAGGUAGAGAGGUGCUCAGGGACAGGGCUUAGUGGUGGAGGCUACGGUUGUACUCGAUGAUCUCAAAGGUCUUC